AUGUGCUGGGGAAGCGGUGACCAGCUGGGGUUGGGAAGGCCAGGUGUUGUGGGUCAGUAUCCAGGCCAGGUGGAGCGCCUUUCGGCAAUUGACUUUGGCUCCGGGCACAGUGUAAGAAAGCUUCUUGCCGGGUAUUAUGUUACGUGCGCGUGGCUCGACAACGAGGAGAUCAAGUGCUACGGCUCCAGCCGUGCCUCCUUAGCUUCCUUUGGUUCCACUAGCGAUCUGUCUUUGGGUGGUCUUCCGUGGACGACGAGUGACCUCUGUCCUGCAGUUGGCGAGGGCUCUGGCUACAAGAUCCUCGAGCUAGACUUGGGGAUCUACUUUACUGUAACUUCCGGCUUUAUCACAACCAGCACAGGGAGCCAGCAGGCCUGUGCCAUUCUCGCGGAUGGGAGUGUCAGAUGUUGGGGUUACAACCAUGCCGGCAGCCUCGGCGCCGAGGACAGCCACAAUCGACUUGGGGUCGAGGACUUUCUCCAACAUGCGGUUGACCUCGGAGAGGGCCAGUUUGCAACACAGCUUGUAGCAGGAGCGGGAUCCUUUUGUGUCGUGCUGAACAAUGCUACAUUGAAAUGCUGGGGCAGGAACGAUGUUGGCCAACUAGGGCUCGGGCACAGCACAGACGUCGGCGACGACGGAGGCGAGAUGGGCGACAGCUUGCCAACCGUUGACUUGGGUGCUGGCCGGACAGUUCGCCAGGUUUCGCUGGGAUAUCUUUUUGGUUGUGCAUUACUGGAUGACGAUAGCUUGAAAUGCUGGGGUGAAAACUCCGUCGGACAGUUGGGAAGAGGUGACACCAGUGCAGUUGGCGAUAGUGCCGGGCAAAUGGGAGACCACUUGCCUGCCAUCGACCUUGGUACCGGGAGGACUGUGCACCAAGUUGCUGUAGGACACUCAUUUGUAUGUGCGGUGCUGGACGAUGCUUCCUUGAAAUGCUGGGGUUCCAACUCCUAUGGCCAACUAGGCUUUGGGCACACGAACAACAUGGGCGACAGCGGCUCGGAGAUGGGAGACCAUCUACCGACUGUAGACCUUGGCACGGGGCGGACCGUGCUGCAUGUCACAACUGGGUAUUACCAUGCGUGUGCUGUGUUGGACAAUUCCACGGUGAAGUGCUGGGGCCUGAACGAUGAAGGCCAACUCGGGCUUGGACACACGACCAAUGUCGGUGGCAAUGCGCUGGACAUGGGAGAGAACCUGCCUGCUGUGGCUCUUUCCAUGGUUGGGUCGACAUCUGAGACAAGCUCUACCUGGACAGCCACAGCAAGCAGCAGUAGUAGCAGUAGCAAGCCCAGCAGCACAUCGAGCACAAGCAGCAGCUCGUCCAGCACUAGGACUACUUCUGCCUCCACCUCAUCAACCAGAACUACCAGUAGCAGCUCAAGGACGACAAGCACCAGUUCAACCAGUUCCACACUUACUUCGUGGCCAUCGUCAUCUUCGACCACCGUGGCGAGCAGCAGCUCGACCACGACAAGCACCACUGCAUCCAGCAGUACGACGACUUCUCGGAUUUCUCGCCCUACGAGUAGCAGCUCAAGCUCAACCAGUUCCACACUUAUUUCAUGGACAUCGUCGUCUUCGACCACCGUGGUGAGCAGCAGUUUGACCACGACAAGCACCAGUGCAUUCAGCAGUUCGACUACUUCUCGGAUUUCGCGCGCUACGAGCAGCUUCACGAUUGCUUCAUGGACAUCGUCAUCUUCGAUGGGGAUAGCGAGCAGCAGCUCGAGCACGGUUAGCGCUAGUAAGCCUAGCAGUGAGACUUCUUCAUUGACACCAUCACCUUCGACGGGCAUCAUCAGCAGCAGCUCGAGCACGACAAGCACCAGGACAUCCAGCAGUGAAGCUUCAGCAUGGUUUACAUCUUCGACGAGCAGCACGCGCAGCACUUCAUCCGGCAGUGGAGCCAGUUCAUCGGCUCCAUUCUUUUCGACGAGCACAGCUCACACUGGUGCAUCCGGCGGCGGGUCCACUUCAUCCACGUCUUCAGUCUUUGGUGUCACCGCGAUACCAAUUUCCACUUCAGUCAGUGAGACGGCAUCGAGCACGAGCACCAGCGUGUUGUGGCCCAGCACCACUUCAAGGACCGGUUCGAGCACGACAAGUUCCGAGUCCGCAGCUUUCGACUUCGACUCGACCGUCUGUCGCAGUACCCAUGACUCGGACACAGACACCGCUCUCAUGGCUGCAUGCCUUGCAGACCUGACGAUGAAGGUCCAGAUGCUUCAGGAACGGGCAUCGUCUGUGCAAACGCAAGAGGACCGUGCGACCUUCACACUUAUCGCCGCAGUUGCCGCCCUCACGACAAGCCUCAUCCUGCUUGCACUGACGUGUCUUGCAAUGGCGAUGUGGUGGCGGUUCUACAGAGAAUCAAGCCACGCUGGCCUUGUCAGCUCUUCUGCUGAUAUCGAAGAGCCUGUACAGCUUCCGAUUACUGACCCCCGUCUUUGGGAAGAGGUGGACCACGGGGUUCCAUGUGAUCGGCCCUGA